AUGGGUUUCGGGAUAAAAGCAUGGGAGCCAUGGGUGAUCGAGGGUCAGGAAGCUAUCGAUGUCAUUAAAGCCGCAUAUGCAGCGGGGAUCAACACUUUCUAUACCGCCGACAUCUACUCCACUGGCAACUCGGAGAUCCUCCUUGGAAAGGCACUCAAGGAAAUCGGCGAACCUCGUGAUUCAUUUGUCGUCAUGACCAAGGUCUUCUUCCCCCAUGAAGGUCCUGAUAAGACGCAUAGACGUAUUUACGAACAAGGGUUGAAUCCAGAUCAGCAUGGUCUCGUCAAUCGUUAUGGACUGUCGAGGAAGCAUAUCUUCACUUCCAUCAAGGAAUCCUUGAAGCGCCUCGACUUGGAAUAUGUCGACGUCCUUCAGUGUCACCGCUUCGACCUCAGUACUCCUAUCGAGGAGACCAUGAAGGCAUUACACGACGUCGUCCAAGCAGGGCUAAUGAUGAGCUUAGACUAUGCUAUCAACAAUAACCUCACUCCAUUUAUCUCUAUGCAAAACCACCAAUCUCUCAUCUAUCGCGAGGAAGAGCGCGAAAUGAAUCCUACGUGCAAGAUGCUCGUCUCUACCAAGUCAUCUCGUGACGAAAACGAUCCGUGGAUAUCCAUGAUGAAAGGCAAGUUUGAAGAAUCUUCGAACGAGAUCAUUGGAAGGGUCGAGAAGGUUGCAAACGACAAGGGAAUAUCGAUGGCCCAAGUUGCCGUUGCUUGGGUGUUGCAUCAAGAUGUCGUCGCAGCCCCCAUUGUGGGAGUUCAAAAGGUCGACCGUCUUGAAGACCUUAUUGGUACGUGCAUCAUUUUUAUACUAGCCCAUCAGUGCGCUUACGAAUUGGCUAUAUUAGGUGCAAUUGAUGUGAAAUUGACGCCUGAAGAGAUGAAAUAUCUCGAGGAGCCUUAUAUCCCCAGGACUAUCAUGGGCCACUGA